UUCUUACAGUAACUUAAAUUUCUGUGGUUUGCAGGAAGGAGAGGCUUCUCUGCCGAGUUUGCUGGUUGUUUGUGGGGAUCAUGGGAUGUCUGAAACAGGGAGUCAUGGUGGUUCUUCAGAAGGUGAAGUGCACACACCACUGCUGUUUAUCAGCUCUGCUUUUGAAAAGAGAAGUGGUCCUCUAACACAACCUGAACUUGUACAACAAACUGAUUUGGCUAGUACACUGGCAGUAGGUCUUGGCCUACCCAUUUCAAGAAACAGUGUUGGGAACCUGAUAUUGCCAGUUGUAGGAGGCAAGACAAUGAGGGAACAACUACGUUUCUUGCACUUGAAUGGGUUCCAGCUUAGCAGGCUGCUGGAAGAAAAUACACCUGCCUAUGAAAAAGAUCCCGGUUAUGAGCAAUUUAAGAUAGCAGAGAAAUCCCAUGGUAACUGGAUCAAACUGUACUUAGAGGGGAAUAAUUCAGAAAUACUCAUGAAUCUUGGCAAAAAGGUCCUGAAGCAAUAUUUGGAGGCCCUGAAGACUUUGAGUUCUUCACUAAGCAAACAAGUGGCACAAUAUGAUAUGUAUUCGAUGAUGGUGGGGACUGUUAUCAUUAUGGAGGUUCUGCUGAUGCUUUUGCUCAGUGUUCCAAAAGCUCUGAGCAGCCGGGCAGAAUUUGAAGUGCCCCUCUCCCCUUCGCUCUUCUCUCUGCUCUUUUACUUGAUGUGUCUGGUGCUGUGUGCGGUUCACGUCAUUGUAUGCACAUCAGCAGAAAGUUUAUGCUAUUUCUGCAGUAUGUCCUGGUUAACAGCACUUGGAGUGAUGAUGCUGAUUUCUGCACUCAUGUGUGGUAUUUUAUCUGCCAUUGGAAAGAUCCUUGAGAAUUCCCGACUUCCAGUGAAGAAUCCAGCUGUGUCCAGUUCCAGCUGGUCAGAAGUAGAUGUGCUGAUGCUGGCUGGAACAAUUGGCCAUGUUUUGAGUUUGGGGGCAAGCAGUUUUAUAGAAGAGGAACAUCAAACCUGGUAUUUUCUUAUCAAUACCCUCUGUUUGGCACUGUGUCAGGAACUCUGUAGAAACCAUUUUCUUCUGAAAGAAUGUGACCCUCAGCAUGGCACCAGUUUGAAACAAAAUUUUGAUGGUAUCAGGGAAGCCUCUGAUUGCAAGAAUAUAGAUGUACCAGCAUCAGGUAAUUCAAAACUGGACAAGGUUGCAUCUUCAACUGAAUUCAUUAAAGGAUCAGAUAAGUGGUUAAGCUUAGCGAGUCCAUGGAUCAUUCUUAUUUGCUGUCGACUACUUCGAUCCUUGAAUCAGACGGGAGUCCAAUGGGCUCAUCGGCCAGACUUUGGGCACUGGUUGACAAGUUCUGAACAUAAGUCUGAACUCUCCUUCUUGGCUGCAGUUUCCCUAGUUAUGAUCUUCUUUCUGGUUCAAAGAAGAUGUUCCCUGGUUUCAAAAAUUGCUAUGGCACUUGGGCUCCUGGGAGUCUACAGUUACCGGGCAGCCAUUGGAAAUGUUGUAUUUCCAUGGCAACAUGACAGCAAAGAUAUUUCAAAGGGGAUUACUGAAGCUCGUUUUGUUUAUGUCUUUGUUCUUGGCAUAGUCUUCACUGGCACUAAAGAUUUACUAAAGUCGCAGGUUAUUUCUGCAGACUCCAGCGUGAAGAGUACAGGAUUAUGGGAAGUGUACAGUGGAUUGGUUCUACUAGCAGCCCUUCUAUUUAGACCUCACAAUUUGCCAGUGUUGGUGUUUUGUCUGCUGAUUCAGACAAUGAUGACAAAAUAUAUCUGGAGACCUUUGAAAUUUGAUGCAGCACAGAUUACUAUCAUGCACUACUGGUUUGGCCAAGCUUUCUUCUAUUUUCAGGGAAAUUCAAAUGGCAUUGCUACUGUGGAUGUUUCAGCAGGGUUUGUGGGACUAGAAAGCUAUGUGGAGAUACCAGCAAUCUUCCUUACAGCAUUUGCAACAUAUGCAGGACCUUUGCUUUGGGCCAUUCAUCUGCUGUGCUACUUGAGUUCUGAAGUUAGCAGAUUAAAAGCUCAACUAGUAGUGUUGCCAGGUACAGUGCUGUUUUAAACUGCUCUCAGGUGGGUAGUUGUGACCUGUAAUACCCACGUCACUUAUGUAAGUAGAUUCCAUCAAACAACUUGUGUCUGUAGAAGUUUUAAGGUUCGUUUGUGUCAACUGGUAAGGUUGUUUCCUCCACUAAACAGUGAAUAACCCUGGACUGGAAUCUCUCUAGCCCCUGGAGCUUAUUUAAAUUGGUAUGUAAUGGUGCUCAGAACUGUCGUCUAUACACUUUUGAUUUUACUUCUGUUGCUGGCCAAAUGGUUGCCACAUUUCUUUGUCAUUAUUCCUUGAACCAAAAGGUCAAACUAUAGAAGACACAGGUCAGCUGUGCCAUGUGGUUUCUUUAAAUGUAUGGAAGAUGGAGUUUUUCUUUUUUCUUUUUUCUUUUCCUUUUCCUUUUUUUUUUUUUUUUUAAGUGCUGGAUGCUUUAGAUUGUUCUUUAUAAAAGCUUCUUAUUUUUUUAUAUGCAAAUAUGCCUUUGUCAAUGAAAUUCAAACCCUCUCCUUUCUUUUGUGGUCCUGAAUGCAAGAUGAAGAUCCUUUACAUGCUUCCACUAGAUAGGAGGGUCUAAAAGAACCCAGCUGCCAUAGUUUUGUGGAGCGUGCUGAGUAGGUCCCGUUAGAUUGCCACAGAAUGCCAUCAGGAUUGCUGGCCCAUCCUGAUACAGUCACAGCUGAACGGAUGUGUUCAGAACAGCACAGCAAUGCCAUUCUUAAUGCAGUUUCUAGCAUCCUGCAGCCUGUUUCAGAGCUGCUUGCAUCUGAGGAAGGUGACUUGAACAGAGAAGUCUGACCUCAGUGCUAGCUGUCGUUGUCUAUUGCAGCCACUCAGCCGAGCCCCAUGUAAUUUAUAGCUGCAUCAGCUGACUUUGCUUACCAGAACUUCAUGGUGGCGUUCUUAGAAGCAGAACUCCACUGGGGCCCUCAGUUCCAAGGGGCAAAUAUGUAAGCAUAACCUGUGGUCUCUCUGCACUUUGCAUUCAUGAAAUCAUGGCAUACUUGAGCCUGGAAGGUAUCUCUGGAGAUCAUCUGUGUCAAGUCUGCUGUCCAAAGGAGGGUCAACCAGAGCAGGUUCCUCAGGGCCAUGUCCAGUCAGGUAUUAAUUAUCUCCAAGGAUGGACACUCAAUAGUCUCCUUGGGCAAACUGUGCAUGAUAACCCUGACAGUAAAAAAGUUGUUUUCUGAUGUUUUAAGUGGAAUUUAUUCUGUUUCAGUUUGUGCCCAUUGUUUCUGUCAUUUUGCUGGGCACCACGGAGAUGAGUUUGUCUUUUUUGUCUUCUUUAUUCUUGCCCAUGAGAUGUUCAUAUGUAUGGAUAAGAUUCCUGCUGAGCCUUCUCUUAUCAAGCCUAAACAGCUCCAUCUGUCUCAGCUUCUCCUCUUCUGUGAGAUGCUUUAUUCCCAACAUCAUUUCUGUGGUCCUUCAGUGCUCUUGCUCCAGUACAUCCAUGCCUUUCUUGCACUGUGGAACCCAGAACUGGACUCAGGACCCCGAGCGUAAUUUCAAUACUGCUGAAGAGGGAAUAGAGCAUCAUCACCAACCAGCUAGCGAUGCUCUCCCCAGCACAGCCCCAGGUGCUGUUGGUCUUCUGUGCCAGAAGCACAAAUGGCUGGCUGGUAGACAGCGUGGUGUCCGUCAGGACAACCUAUGUAUGUCCUUCUCUGCCAAGCUGCUUUCCCAGUGGUCAGCCUCCAGCCCAUCCUGGUGCCUGGGUUUACUUCUUCUGAGGUGCAGGAUUUGGCAUUUGCCUUCAUGGGUUUGUUGUCGGGCCCUUUCUGCAGCAUGUUGAGGCCCCCUGAAUGACAGCACACCCAUCUUGUGGUGUACCAGCUGCUCUUCCCAUUUUGCAUCGCGUGCAGACUUGCUGAGGGUGCUCUCUGUCCUGUCAUGCAGGUCGUUAACGAAGAUGCUCAAGAGCAUUGUCCCCGCUGUGAAGCUCUGUGUUCAACAGCUAGUGAGUGGCCUCCAGGUGGAUUUUGUGGUGCUGAUGAGAAGCCUGUGAGCUGGAUAGCUGAGGCAGUUUUCAGUCUGCCUCUCUGUCCACUUCUCUCAACCCGACUGCAUCAGUUUACCUGUGAGGGUGUUACAGGAGACAGUGUUAAAAGCCUCCUUGUGAAGUAAAAGUGCAUUAGAUACCUGUAGUCCAUGUAUUUUCAGACCACUAAGAUGAAAAAAGAAUAGAAAAUAAGGACUUCUUGAAAUAAUGUGUUUGCUCUGGAAUUGUGGUUGUAAGUGGUUAAACCAUUUGCAUCCAUCUAAUCAGGCACAUGGAACUAUAAAAUCUUCUCCUCAUAUGCAAAGGUAAAUAUAUUUCUAAAAUAACUAACGGCAUGUGAUAGACAGUAACAUGGAUAUUACUGCCACUUUUAGUCCUUCAUGCUCUCAUAAGAAACUUGGCAGCUGGAAUGUGAUGGGAUUUUCACAGACAGAAAUAGUAAGAACUCUUCUGCUUUAGUCUCCAUGGAAACUGCAAUAACUCUUGAAAAUACUUUUGAGACAGGGAACAAUGAUUAAACAGAUGCCUAAACUUAACCAAGUAUUCUGUGUGUGACUGGCAUAAAUUCCAGAGAGCAUAUGAGUCAUGUAAAGGGUGGCUUUUAGAGUGCUCACUGUAUCGCUCUGAUCUGAAUUAGAACUUCACAUUUGGGGAUCCUUAUGAUCUGAAAAAAGGGCCAUGUUAUUGGAUAACCAGACCUGUGUUAUAUGACCUCACUGUACAGUACACUCCGGAUGGAUUCAAUUUUUAAGUUCCUACCCCAAAAAAUCGUCUCGUGGGUGACAGUCACGGUGUUGUGUAAUUACCACUCUUUAGGUAGGCAGCAUGGUAGUUUUCAGCUUCCUUGCACAUUGGAAUCUGUGUUUUAAUUGGUAUAAUGAGUCAGGUUUCAGGAUGAAUGCUGGAUGUCUCCUAGCAUUAGAAAAAAGCUGCAUGUCUGUUGACUUCUCUUUCCUAGUAAUCAUAAGUUUUAGUAAUGCUUUCCUGUUAGCAAAUAGCUUUCAGGUAUUGAAAACAUAAGUUGUGCCCAAUGAGAGGGGAGGGUAUUGGUUGCAAAACCUUUAAUGUUGUGCUGGGACUUCGUUAGUGUAGAAUGCUUGCACAGCAAAUUUACAUUUUUGCUGUGAAUUCUUUUAUAAUGCUGAUUUAAGAAGAAGAAGGAAAGCAUGCUUGUUACAGGAAUUUCAGCAUUUAACACCAGCUUUUGCCAUCUUCAAGCUAAUGUAUUUCAUUUAUGGAUUCCUCCAUUCAUAAUUCAUGUUAUUACAUUGAUCAUUUCUCUUUCUAAUGUAAGCUGGCCAUGCAGCGAGUGUUUCAAUAUAUUUUCUGAGUCCCAGGCAGAAAUUGCAGUCCCUGAUAAAGACAAAGGAGCACUCCAUAUCUUUUUUUCCAAACCUUUCAGUGUUUUACAUAAGUAGUUUUUAAUUCCUCUGGUUUCACUUCAUUCUCUCUCCUUUAGGUUAAUUAAAGAUGAAGAAAUGUUUACAGCUAAGAAUAUACUGCAGCUAUGUUCUCUAGAAUGGUAAUACCUGCUCUAUACUGUGUUUGCCAGCAAUCCAGCUCUCUGACUGAAAUGAAAUGUGUAGAAUAAG